GAGGGAGCAGAGGAAGCGGGCGGCGCAGAGAGGGAAUCCCGGAGCCGGCCCUCCCCGCCGCGGCGGAGGGCGGACCACGAUGCCCGGCCGGCGGGCGCUGCCCGCCCGCCCGCCCGGACACCGCCGCCCGUAGCGGGGCCGCCGCAGCGCGGGGUUAUAAAGUUUUGAACAGUGCCUCUCCAAGAAGUGUGAUGAGAAAUGGCUUUAGGAAACAAUACUCAGAGAAGUUAUUCCAUCAUUCCUUGCUUCAUCUUUGUUGAGCUUGUCAUCAUGGCUGGGACUGUUCUGCUCGCCUACUACUUUGAGUACACCGACACUUUUCAGGUGCAUAUCCAAGGUUUCUUCUGUCAGGAUGGCAAUUUGAUGAAACCCUACCCUGGGACAGAAGAUGAGAGCUUCAUUUCACCUCUUGUGCUGUACUGUGUGCUGGCUUCCACUCCGACAGCUAUUAUUUUUAUUGGUGAGAUAUCCAUGUAUUUCAUAAAGUCAACCCGAGAAAGCCUAAUUAUUCAAGAGAAAACUAUUUUGACUGGAGAAUGCUGUUACCUGAACCCACUGCUUCGAAGAAUAAUACGUUUUAUAGGAGUGUUUGCAUUUGGACUUUUUGCCACUGACAUCUUUGUAAACGCUGGCCAGGUUGUGACUGGUAACUUGGCUCCAUACUUCCUGACGGUGUGUAAACCCAACUACACUGGGAACGACUGCAGGGCCCACCACCAGUUCAUAAACAACGGCAACAUCUGCACUGGGGAUGUGGAGGUGAUUGAAAAGGCAAGGAGAUCCUUUCCAUCCAAACAUGCUGCUCUGAGCAUCUACUCAGCUUUAUAUGCCACGAUGUACAUCACAAGCACAAUUAAAACAAAGAGCAGCAGGCUAGCCAAGCCUGUGCUGUGUUUGGGUACCCUGUGUGCUGCCUUCCUCACUGGGCUGAAUCGAGUUUCUGAGUAUCGGAACCACUGUUCGGAUGUGAUCGCAGGCUUCAUCCUGGGCAGUGCUGUAGCCUUGUUUCUGGGGAUAUGUGUUGUCCAUAACUUUAAGGGCACUCACGGAGCUCCUUCUAAACCGAAGCCUGAAGACCCACGAGGAAUGCCACUAAUGGCUUUUCCAAGAGUGGAAAGUCCUCUGGAGACACUGAGUGCACAGAACCACUCUGCCUCUAUGACUGAAGUAACCUGAGAUGGGAGAUUGGCAGCCGGAGCUAUUUUUUACUACCCUCCAGUACAACAGUCCAAGACACACAGUUACUAAAUGUCUAACUGUGAUGACUAGUAUUAUGUUAUGUCUAGUUAGAGGCUAAUGUUUUGUACUUUUUUUGUAUGAGGAAGUGAUGUAGCUUGCCCUGAUUUUUUGUCAGCUUUAAUAUUAUUAUGCCAGACUUUAAAAGCAAAAUGGAAAAAGGACAAAAAAAAAACCUUUUCUUGUUUAAAGUGUGCACUGAGGAACUACAUCUAUGGAAUUGUUGAUGUUGUUAUGUGAUAUUUGUACACUUUUUUCUUUUCAGUUUUGAAUUUAUAUAUCUUGAAAAAAGAAACAUUCACUUUUACCUUUUCUUACCGUAAGAAGUGCUUCUACCACUGAGUCAGAUUCUGUUCUCAGUAAGAUCAGCAUAGAUCUGAAGUAAUCUCAUAUAUUUAAUUGAUAUUAAAAUAAUGGUGAUCAGGAAUCUAACCUGAAUGAUACUAUUAACAAAUAGCAAAAAUCCAUCCUUGAUUCAGUGGGCUACUUAGGUGUUCCCUAGGGAUGCAGUUUAGCCACCCAGUUUCCAGACUACUUGGCAGACUUGAAGCAUGUUCUUAAGCACCUCACUGAAUCAAAGCCUGAUUGUUCUGGUGUGGGUGAUUGUGCUGGUUAUUGAAGAAUAACUAAAACAACAUCCUCAGUCUGCAGUAUAGACAGACUGGACAUGAAAAUUUAUAGUAGUAGCUGAUAGCAUGUGAGCUGACUAUAUCAUCUCCCUAGAUCCUCAUUCCUCCCCGAGGCCCAGCCGAAGCUCCCUGUGAAACCUGGCUUCAGGAAUUGACUAUGGGGAUAUACAGCCACCACUGUGGAGCGGAGGCUGCGCUCUGAGUGUUUCAUCACUUCAUCAUAGAUUUGUGGGGUAACUAGUGACACUGUUGCAAAGGAAAAGUGACACCACUUCUCCAGUGGGGAGGCAUUCCCUGGCAUUCCAGCUGGCAUAACAAAGAAGCCAGUUUUGCCCCCCAAAGUGUAUUUUUUCCCUGAGGGGCUUUGGCAAGUAAAAAAAAAAUAAUUAAACAAAAGAAAAUUAAAAGCUGACAGCCUGUAGUAGCAGUCUGCGUUUUUGUAAAUUCUGCCGUACAGAAUUUAUAUCAAAACUGCUAUUUUACAAUUGAACAACUUUGCCUAAGGACUUUAAAGACAAUUAAUUGAGUAUGGGUUGGGGGUGGGAGGGGAAGAACAAAAAAAGCCCAUUUACAAUGGCUAGAACUGGGGCAAAGGCUUCAUUACACGAUUUUUCACUGUUUCUAGGAUUUUCCUGCAUCUCAUUCUUUUAGCAUGGUGAUAACUGCUGUGUGUCUCCUUUAAAGAAUGGAGCCUCUGUCUGUACUUCUACUGGAAUGUUUACCUCACAUUUCCAUGUUGGUUCUUCUUGGGUUUUUUUUGUAUAUUUUUUCCAAAACAGAAGUGAAAAAAAAUUAUCAAAAAAGCAAA